UCCACCCCGCUCGUGUGUGGUUUUUCCAUUGAGACUUUGUCAGACUUGUUGUUUUUGACGACGUUUUGCCUGCAGUGUGUGCGCUCUCUCGCCCCUUUCUCAAAAUGGCGGAGAGGCCGCCAGCUAAACUAGGCUAAGCUAGGCUACGCGCUAAAGUAGUCAUUCACUGAACGUCCUUUAUCUAUUAAUUGGUUCUCAUCGUAAUAUGAAUCACAUACACCAAACUUGACCACUUGUUUCUUAACAUGUUAUGUGGUGUCUUUGCUGAAUGUGCGGCUUGUCACCACUUGUAUUACGAGGCUAGCAGAAAGCUAACACUACCUUUAGUAAAGUUGUGUUGGGAUAUUAGCAUCAUACGCUAACAGGUGCUGUCAGCCGGCUGCUAAUAUUUUUAACGUCGUGCUAAUGUUUGACGUUGUUGUCUCAAACUUAUCGUCAAAUGGAUAGGAGAGGAUGACGUUAUCUGUAUAUGCUAGAGACACCGGCGAUUUUUAAAUGAGUGACGUCCUGCUUGGUGCACAGCUAACAACAUGAUUAAACUUGUCCUCUAUAAUAAAUGUAGCCUGAGCCUGACAAACUGCUUGUUGGACGACUAACUGUAAUCUCAGACCACCACCCACUGCGUGUUUAGCAGGUUAUGGCCACCACUGCGUCGUGAGAGAAAGUCUUACGAGAACACCUCCUGUCCUGCACUUGGUUGCCUCCCCCUGUGCCUUUUGACAGAACAUCUCAAGAGUCCACACACCGUCCAGCUGCCCACUUGACUCCACCCUCUUCCCCCCACCUGACUUGCCUAACCUCCCCAAGAGGGAGAGAGCUGCUGCUGCCGCCAUGGUGCUGUCACAGAGACAACGAGAUGAACUAAAUCGUGCCAUAGCUGACUAUCUGCGCUCCAAUGGCUACGAUGGAGCCUACUCCACCUUCAAGAAAGAAGCCGAGUUAGACAUGAUGCGUGUCUGUGUCAAUGGACAGAAUGAAGAAGUGGACAAAAAGUAUGCGGGACUUCUGGAAAAGAAAUGGACGUCUGUCAUCAGAUUACAGAAGAAGGUGAUGGAGUUGGAGUCAAAGCUGAAUGAAGCCAAGGAGGAGAUGACACACGGAGGACCAGUGGGUCAGAAGAGAGACCCAAAGGAGUGGAUCCCCCGACCCCCAGAGAGAUACGCCCUCAGUGGGCACCGUGCGCCGGUCACGAGGGUCAUCUUCCAUCCCGUCUUCUCUGUCAUGGUCACAGCCUCAGAGGAUGCUACCAUUAAGGUGUGGGACUAUGAGGCGGGGGACUUUGAGCGGACCUUGAAGGGCCACACGGAUUCUGUGCAGGACAUCUCCUUUGACCAGACUGGGAAGCUGCUGGCUUCUUGUUCUGCUGACAUGAGCAUCAAACUUUGGGACUUUCAGGGUUUUGAGUGCAUCAGGACCAUGCACGGCCACGAUCACAAUGUGUCGUCUGUCGCCAUCAUGCCCAACGCUGACCACAUAGUGUCUGCAUCCAGAGACAAGACCAUCAAGAUGUGGGAGGUGGCCACUGGAUACUGUGUCAAGACCUUCACGGGCCACAGGGAGUGGGUGAGGAUGGUACGUCCCAACCAGGACGGCUCCUUGAUUGCCAGCUGCUCUAAUGAUCAGACAGUCCGUGUCUGGGUGGUCUCCUCCAAAGAGUGCAAAGCUGAGCUGCGUGAGCAUGAACACGUGGUGGAAUGUAUCUCCUGGGCCCCCGACAGCGCACACCCCACCAUCCUGGAGGCCACGGGCUCUGAGAACAAGAAGAGUGGAAAGCCUGGACCGUUCCUCCUCUCUGGAUCCAGAGACAAAACAAUUAAAAUGUGGGAUGUCAGCAUUGGAAUCUGUCUCAUGACUCUGGUGGGCCAUGACAACUGGGUGCGUGGGGUGCUGGUGCAUCCUGGUGGGAGGUUCAUUGUGAGCUGUGCAGAUGACAAGACCAUCCGAAUUUGGGACUACAAGAACAAACGCUGCAUGAAGACUCUGUGUGCUCAUGAACACUUUGUCACCUCUCUGGAUUUCCACAAGAGCGCCCCCUACGUGGUGACGGGCAGCGUGGACCAGACAGUCAAAGUCUGGGAGUGCCGCUGAGUUCACUUCCUGCUCCCGUCCUGCUUCGGACCCCUCUAGCUGCGCCCUGAACCUUCAUCUCCACCCUUAGGUGACCACGGUGCUUCACCACCUGAUCCCCUCCUGUCCCUGCUUCCUCUACAUUGGCCCUGCCCCCUGAAGAUGACUAUUAUCCUCUCAUGUAAAUUAUUCUGGAUGUAGGGUACGCAUACUUAAUGUCACACAAACACAAGAUGAGACUAUCCUUGCAUGGCCAAUACAACAACACAUGAUUGACUUCCUCAAAGGCUACAGUGCGUGUGUGUGUGUCGCUUGUGAGCGUUUCCUUUGCUCCACAACGCCAUCUUUUGUGUCUGAGGGUGUGCACGUGGGGGACAGGAAGUGUAAGAUCUUGUGAGUUGACUGACAGGUUGUGGAGAGACUCACACCAGCUGGUGUAUGCGCGUGUGUGUUUGUGUGUGCAACAGGGCGGUUGAAGGGUUACACCCCCAUGCUUCCCCCAUACUUCCAGUGUUGCAUCAUCUUUUAAUUAACUUGCUGUCUAGUUGACACCCACAGGACCUUAAGACCUAAGAUGCCCACAGCACAAGCACAUGCCCCCCAGCAGAGGGAAAAGCCUGCUCGUCAAGUUUGAGUGAGACAGUGUGUGUGUGUUUGUGCUCGCCUGUCGUCCAGUGCUCUCUUGCUAUCUGCCUUGUUAACCCUUUGAGGGCUGCCUCACACGGGACUUUCAUUAAUUCAUUACUGUGGUCUCACCUUUUACAUACACAUACACACACCGCACAUACACGCACAGUAAAAGUUGUGUAUCAGUAUAUCUGGAUGUCAUUGUUUGCAACAUAAUGAAAUAAAAUAAUGUAAAUAUC